AUGGCCUCUACAGGAGGCACUGUUUUGAUAUUGGCAAUGGUGGCAUUACUUCAGAUUCAGAUAUGCUCAUCGGAGAUAAACCGAAUAAACUUUCCCAAUGGCUUCGUUUUCGGAACUGCAUCUUCAGCUUUCCAGUAUGAAGGGGCUAUUAAAGAAGAUGGGAGGGGACCAUCUGUGUGGGACACAUUUUCACAUACUUUUGGCAAGAUACUUGAUUUCAGCAAUGCUGAUGUCGCUGUGGAUCAGUACCACCGAUACCAAGAAGAUGUACAGCUGAUGAAGGACAUGGGGAUGGAUGCCUAUCGAUUUUCCAUUUCUUGGUCUCGGAUAUUUCCCCAUGGAUCUGGCCAAAUCAAUCAGGCAGGAGUUGAUCAUUAUAAUAAACUCAUAAACGCGUUACUAGCCAAAGGAAUUGAACCAUAUGUGACCCUCUAUCACUGGGACCUACCUCAAGCCUUGGAAGACAAGUAUAAUGGAUGGCUAAACACUUCGAUCAUAAAGGACUUUUCAACUUAUGCUGAGACAUGCUUUCAGAAAUUUGGGGACAGGGUGAAACAUUGGAUCACAUUUAAUGAACCCCAUACAUUUGCCACACAAGGAUAUGAUGUUGGUCUACAAGCGCCUGGACGAUGCUCUAUUCUCCUUCACCUGUUUUGUAGGGCUGGGAACUCUGCUACUGAACCUUACAUUGUUGCGCACAAUGUCCUACUUUCUCAUGCAGCAGUAGCAGAUAUUUAUAGAAAAAAAUAUAAGAGUAUACAGAAAGGAUCACUAGGGAUAGCUUUUGAUGUCAUUUGGUAUGAGCCAGCAACAAAUACCCAAGAAGACAUUGAUGCAGCUCAGAGAGCUCAAGAUUUUCAACUGGGAUGGUUUCUUGAUCCUUUGAUGUUUGGGGAUUAUCCAAGCUCCAUGAGGAGUAGAGUAGGAAGUAGGCUUCCAAAAUUUUCGCAAUCCGAGGCUGCUCUUGUUAAGGGUUCCUUAGAUUUUGUUGGAAUCAACCAUUACACUACAUUUUUUGCAAGAAACAAUUAUACUAAUCUAAUUGGAGCUCUACUCCAUGAUUCCAUUGCAGACUCUGGCACCAUUACCCUUCCAUUCAAUGGUACUAAAGCUAUUUCCGAAAGGGCAAAUUCGAUAUGGUUGUAUAUUGUGCCACAAAGCAUGAGAAGCUUAAUGAUCUACAUCAAACAAAAGUACGGAAACCCUUCUGUCUUUAUCACGGAAAAUGGGAUGGAUGAUCCAAAUAGUCCAUUUAUCUCCAUUAAGGAUGCUCUAAAGGAUGAAAAACGGAUCAGAUACCACAGUGGCUAUUUAUCGUACUUGUUAGCUUCUAUCAAAGAUGGUUGCAAUGUGAAAGGCUAUUUUGUAUGGUCACUGCUGGAUAAUUGGGAAUGGUCAGCUGGAUUUACUUCUAGAUUUGGUCUGUAUUUUAUCGACUACAAAGACAAGCAGAAAAGAUAUCCCAAACAAUCAGUCCAAUGGUUUAAGAGCUUCUUGAAUCCUUCUAAAUAA